AUUAAUUGCUCAAAUAGAUGGUCCAGAAACAGUGUUCGAGCUACAGGGUGGCCGCGGUCACUCUCCCUCUAAGUAGCAGCUGGCCAUCUAGACAAUUCAGGUAUCAAUUUCUUGCCACCCCUAUAUGAGUAAUGGUCUUACCUUGGCCACCCCAAUGAAACAUUUCUGGUGCACUGUCUGUUGUAUGCGUUUAUUGUAUUUACUACUGCUACCAUACACAUGUUGCAGACGUGUGCAGCGCCACCUGUCUGUGUGUUUACAUGCCUGUACAAGCAUAUUAGGAACGCACUGUACACAAUAGCCCGCUAAAUAUAGAGCCACAAAAGUCAGUAUUGGCUAGAACCUGCCCAUUGUGCCCUGAUUGGCUGUAGACCAUUGUCAAUCUCCUUUUUGCCGUUGCUAGCAAACUAGAUAACUGCGUGCGCUGCUUGCUAACUGCCAAUAAACAAGAGAAGCAGCAGCAGCCAACCGGCUAAGUGAGUCUUCGAUUGAAGGAGUAGGACAACGAGCAGGACUGCAGGAGCAAUGUGUUUGAACAAGGAUACCACAAUGCUACAGCCCAACGACGCCAGGACGAAGCAUGGUCAGAGGGAGUGAAUACCGAGUCAAAAUGACGUCCAAAAUGGUGAUCACGCAGCCUGAGCCCAUCAUGGUCCAUCAGGACUCAAGCGAGUGGGGGAGUGAAAUAUGUGACUGUUGUAACGACGUCCCCAUGUGUUGUUUCGCCUUCUGGUGCUUCCCCUGCUUUGCCUGCAUAACCACUAAAAAAUAUGGUCAGUGUCUCUGUCUCCCCCUGGUGGACAUGUCCAUGGGAGCACUUGUCCCGCCUGUCGCCAUGUCCAUGAGGGUGUCCAUGAGACAUCGCUACGGCAUCAGAGGAACCAUGUGCAACGACUGCGUGUGCACCACCUUCUGUAGGCCCUGCAUCUGGUGCCAGAUGGCCCGAGAGAUGAAGGAACGAGACAUCCCGAUUGUUCUGGUUAACACGUAUAAGAAAUCGUUCGCAUAAGACGUCUUUGGCAUCAUUGUCAUCUUUUCACAGACGUACCCGUCCAAAAAUACAACUGCAUAAAAGAUACAAAAAUAUGUAAAACGUAGCCACUGCCUUUUAAUAGACCUUAGCUUGAUUUUUAUAACUGCACUAUUUAUUGAAGUUAGCUAAUCUUCAGACGUGACCACCGCCAUUGGACUACACUACCGUAACAGCUCACUGCCGCCCUCAUGUGGAAACAAACGGUACUACAGGACAAGAUGGUUUGUUCUUAUCUUAUACAUUGUGUCCUUUGGCAUAUGCUCCCUUUUAUAAAUCAUUACUUUUAAGAGAAGUCUUCACUGGAAUCGUCAUGAUGCAUCUUUUAAGGUCUUGUAAAUUUUGUAAACUCGUUUUCUAUUUGUUAUUAUAGUUUGUUCACUUUUAACCAAAUCAUCUUUUUACAACUCAUAAAAGUUUCCUGACUGAUAAUCAUUUUUUAAAAUAUAUAUAUUUGUAUCAAUAAAUCUGUAGCAAUGAUUUACAUUUUUUGUGUAAU